AUGACCGAUCUCACCGUCGAAUUCUCCCGUCUCUGCGAGGCGAAAGGCAGCCCUCCAAUUCCACCCAACCGCUACCUCGCCGUCGACCGAGCCGACGAAUUCCUGAAGGAAGCACACCGCAUCAACUCCCACAUCUCCUCCCUCCUCAAAUACCUCCACUCCAUCCGCCCCUCGUACCUCUCCAUCACCGCCGCACCCCGUCACACCACCAAUACCAGUAUCAGUCCCGGUACCAGCACCACCACGCCAUUGACUCGCCAACCCACCGACCCGAAAUCCAAACCCCUAUCCGACUCCGACCGCGAUAACGUCGACUCCGAAACCACCCUCCUUCUGCAUGGUCUCAGCUCUUCCAUCUCCACCCUCUCUUCCGCCGAGUCUCUCCGUCGGGAUACCCAGGCGGGGGUGCUUCGCAAGAAAUACGGACACGGCGGCGCGGCUGCCCGGUUACUUUGGAAAUGGGCCGGUGGGGAUGCCUUGUCUAGCUCCACAGGGGACGCUGACGGAGAAGGGGAAGGGGAUACGGGGAAAACAGAUGAGCAGAUCCGCGACGAGGCGCUCGAGAAGACGACUAAGGCGGUGCGCGAGAACGUGCUGUGGUUCUUGAGACGAGGACUCGAGGAUGCCGUGAAGGUGCAGCGGGAGAUGGUAGAGCGGCGGAUUGAGCGCGUGCGCGAGAAGGAGAAGAGCGUGCUGUAUAAGGCUGCUGGUGGUGCGGGCGCGGGUCGGUCGAGGGGACUUUCGUCGGCAGGUCCGAGUUCGAAUCGGGAUCAGAACCAGAAGUUGGAUGCCGGCGAGGCGGCUUUCUAUGAUCGACCCUGUUCGACGAUGGAUGAGGCCGAGGUCAAGGCUAUCGAGGCGGAGUUGUCGCCGGAACAGUUGCAGCUUUUUGCGGAGGAGAAUGAUUCCAUGGUGAAGUAUUAUGAGGAUACUUUGAGUAAAGUACAAAACGCCGAAAAAUCCCUCCUCGAGAUCUCCUCCCUCCAACAAACCCUCGUCUCGCAUCUUUCCACCCAAGAGGAUUUCAUCAGCCAACUCGCCACCGACGUGACCACCACGCAGACGAACAUCGGACAGGGCAACAAGGAGCUGAAGCGCGCGACGGAGCAGCGCAGUCUCGCGCAGGCUGUGUUCUGGGGGUCGGUGGGGUUGUGUACGUGGUUGGUUAUUUGGGAUUUGGUGUUUUGA